AUGGGGCACCACAAAGAAAAAUCAAAAGACCGAAGAGAAAAGAGAUUGCAAGAGAUCUCUCUUUUGAGAACCAUUCCUUAUUCUGAUCACCAGAGGUGGUGGUCUAAGGAAACUGUUGCUGUGGUUACUGGUGGAAACAGAGGAAUUGGGUUUGAGAUUUCUAGGCAACUUGCUGAUCAUGGAGUAACUGUUGUACUGACAUCAAGAGACGCUAGUGUUGGUGUUGAAUCAAUUAAGGUCUUGCAAGAAGGGGGUCUGGACGUGGCUUGUCAUGAACUUGAUGUAUUAGAUUCUUCAUCCAUCGACCAAUUUGCUGAAUGGUUGAAGGAAAAUUAUGGGGGUUUAGAUAUUCUGGUAAAUAAUGCUGGGGUGAAUUUCAAUUGUGGGUCUGAUAACUCUGUUGAGAAUGCACGUAAGGUUAUUGAAACAAAUUAUUAUGGCACCAAGAGGAUGAUUGAAGCUAUGAUUCCAUUGAUGAAGCCAUCCAGUGCUGGUGCUCGUAUUGUAAAUGUGAGCUCACGUUUAGGUCGACUAAGUGGCAAACGAAAUAGAAUAGAAAAUGAAGCUUUGAGGGAGCAACUAAGUGAUGUGGAAUCCCUUUCAGAGGAACUGAUUGAUGGAAUUGUAUCUACUUUUCUACAACAAGUAGAAGAUGGAAGUUGGACAUCAGGAGGGUGGCCUCAAACCUUCACUGACUACUCAAUGUCAAAACUUGCAGUUAAUGCUUAUACAAGGUUUAUGGCAAGGAAGCUUUCUGAGAGGCCAGAAGAUGAAAAGAUUUAUAUUAAUUGCUAUUGCCCUGGUUGGGUAAAAACAGCUCUAACAGGUUAUGCAGGAAGUGUCACAGUUGAGGAAGGGGCUGAUACUGGAGUAUGGAUUGCCCUUCUUCCUGACCAAGCAAUUACAGGGAAAUUUUUUGCUGAAAGAAGGGAGAUUAACUUUUAA